AUGGAAGAAGUCGAUAGUGUUCUCGUCGAUAACGUUAAAUCAUUCGCCUCUGGUGGAUUCGGUGGUAUCUGCGCCGUCUUAACAGGUCACCCAUUUGAUUUGGUUAAAGUCCGUUUACAGACGGGCAUCUACCAAUCUUCUGCUGAAUGUAUCAAACAGACCUUGGCCAAAGAUGGGCCAAAGGGGUUCUACAGAGGUGUUUUACCUCCUCUUAUUGGUGUUACUCCAAUGUUUGCUGUUUCGUUCUGGGGUUACGAUAUGGGUAAAAAAUUGGUUAGUCAAUACACUGGACACGAGGCAAAGGAUUUCACAAUUGGUGAGAUAUCCACCGCGGGGUUCUUUUCGGCCAUCCCCACUACCUUGGUUGCUGCACCAUUCGAAAGAGUUAAGGUGAUGAUGCAAGUUGCAGACGGAUCCAAGAAGGCCACCAUGGGCUCAGUGAUCAAGGAAAUGUACAAAACUGGAGGUAUCAGAUCUAUUUUCAAGGGUUCUGUAGCCACAUUGGCUAGAGACGGACCAGGUUCUGCAUUGUACUUCGCCACUUAUGAGUUCUUAAAGGCUAAGUUGUCCACUCCAGGUGAGCAGAUGUCGAUUUUAGCCAUUUGUACUGCUGGUGGGUUUGCUGGUGUUUCUAUGUGGUUGGGUGUUUUCCCCAUUGAUACCAUUAAAUCCAAGCAGCAGUCCUCUAACACAAGCGUUUCAAUUGCCCAGACCACGAAGAGUAUUUACCGUUCUGGAGGAAUCAAGGCCUUCUUCCCUGGGGUUGGACCAGCCUUGGCCAGAUCUUUCCCAGCCAACGCAGCAACAUUCUUAGGUGUGGAACUUGCAAGAAACUUUUUCGAUAAGCUCAUUUAA